CGUCCUCGUCUCUUUCCUGCUGCCUGGCCGGGCAAUUGCUGCUGGCGCCGGGCUGCGUGUUCGGCGCUGAGCAGGAGCAGCACCAUGAUCGCGUCCCCGCCGGGGCCCGCCUCGCCGCUGCCUGCUCCUGGGCCGCUCCUGCCUCCUGCUCGCGCUCCUGCUCGCGCUCCUCCUCGGGCUGCUCCUCCUCCUCCUCCUCGGGCGCCGGGAGCAUGAAGCGGCAGAACGUGCGGACGCUGGCCCUGAUCCUGUGCACCUUCACCUACCUGCUGGUGGGCGCCGCCGUGUUCGACGCGCUCGAGUCCGAGGCCGAGACGGCGGAGCGGCGGAGGCUGGUGCUGCGCCAGGAGGAGCUCCGCGCCAAGUACAACCUCUCCGAGGCCAACUACUGCGAGCUCGAGGGCGUCGUGCUCCGACUCAAGCCCCACAAGGCCGGCGUCCAGUGGAAGUUCGCCGGCUCCUUCUACUUCGCCAUCACCGUCAUCACCACCAUCGGGUACGGCCACGCGGCCCCCAGCACCGAUGGCGGCAAGGUCUUCUGCAUGUUCUACGCCCUCCUGGGCAUCCCUCUCACCCUGGUCAUGUUCCAGAGCCUGGGCGAGCGGAUCAACACCUUCGUGAGGUACCUCCUCCACCGGAUCAAGAAGUGCCUUGGCAUGCGGCGGCCGGAGGUCUCCAUGGCCAACAUGGUGACCAUCGGCUUCUUCUCCUGCCUCAGCACCCUCUGCAUCGGGGCCGCGGCGUUCUCCUACUAUGAGAACUGGACCUUCUUCCAGGCCUACUACUACUGCUUCAUCACCCUCACCACCAUCGGCUUCGGGGACUACGUGGCCCUCCAGAAGGAGCAGGCCCUGCAGACCAAGCCCCAGUACGUGGCCUUCAGCUUCAUCUACAUCCUGACCGGGCUGACCGUCAUCGGGGCCUUCCUCAACCUGGUGGUGCUGCGCUUCAUGACCAUGAACGCCGAGGACGAGAAGCGGGACGCCGAGCACCGGGCCCUGCUCACCCACAACGGCCAGGCCAGCAGCAUCCACACCACAGACACCACCGCGUCCUCGACCGCCGCCGCACUGGGGGGCAUCGGGAGCUCCAGCAUGGGCUGCGGGGGCGGCGGGGGGCGGGGAGGCCUGCGCAAUGUCUAUGCCGAGGUCCUCCACUUCCAGUCCAUGUGCUCCUGCCUUUGGUACAAGAGCCGGGAGAAGCUGCAGUACUCCAUCCCCAUGAUUAUCCCCAGAGACCUCUCCACCUCGGACACCUGCAUGGAGCAGAGCCAUUCGUCCCCGGGGCAUUACCCGGAGACGCCCUCCAACCGAUGCUUCUGCAACGCCCGGCGCUCGGCCAUCAGCUCCGUCUCCACGGGGCUCCACAGCCUCUCCGCCUUCCAGGGACUCAUGAAGCGACGGAGCUCCGUGUAGCGGAAGAGGAACCACCUCUAGCAGCCCUCGAAAGCGGGGAAGGAGCUCCGUCCCUUUUACGUCAAGGGGAAAGAAAGAUAGAAGGAAGGGAGGAAGCCACAGGAGACGGUGGGAAGAACACAGAACAGGGCCGCGUUUGUACUGAUAACAUAUCGAUAAAGAGGAACAAGGGAUGGGUUGGUGGCCGUACAGAGGGGGAAAGAUGAUGGCCAAAGCCAUGAGUGGGUUCAGCUCUGUCCCCUUGCACUUUGGUAAGGAAGAGGAGGGAGAAAUGGGAGGUAGGUCCUCCAGAUGGUCAGCGUUGGGCUGAGAUGCCCAUUUGGGGCAAUGGACCUAUUUUUUCGUUUUUACAGCAACUCCACUAUCAAUGAAACUUGAAAACAAUCCAUUUUUGCACCCUCGCAGGGGCGUUGUUGGGGUGUCGGUGGGCUCGAUUCAAACCUCAGUGGAAGUGGGCUAUUCUUCCAGUUCUUCAGAUCCUGGCCAUUUCAGCGGCUUCUCCUUUUUUGUCGCUGGACGUAGGCGAAAGUUGUGCAUUGGCCAAGAGCUGGGAACUCGUCUCCGGCUCUAGAAAAGACUGGCUUCAGCGACAGGAUGGUCACUCAGCGAAAAUGCUGCCUUCUAUGCAUUGUGGUCCACUUGUAAACAAUACUCAUCAACCUCCCAUAAGGGUCCCUUUUUGAUUGCUCCCCCCUAUGUUUGUGUGAAUGUGUAUUUAUGCAACCGAGGGGCACUUGGCUUAUGCUCCACCACCAAAAUAGUUGCACAGGGUAUGUCCACACUUCGAUAGCAACCACAAAUCCCAUUGUAUGGAUCCCAAAAAAUCUGUGGCCAGCCCUUCCUGCUCCGCUUUCCAUUCUGCUUCUUCCCAACAGAGUUGUGGAUCUUGGGAAGUGGGUUUCCUUGAAGAAUGGUCCAAAGGUACAUGGCUAGCAUUGUCAAACUUGGUCCUCCAGAUGUUUUGGACUUCAACUCCCACCAUUCCUAACAGCCUCAGGCCCUUUCCUUUCCCCCUCCGCCACUUAAGCAGACACUGACUACAAAAUGGAGUCCUGAGUCUGAACGUGCUCAGCACAAUCACAUGUCUAUGACCCUCCCAGCUUAAGCGGCUGAGGGGGGAAAGGAAGGGGCCUGAGGCUGUUAGGAAUGGUGGGAUUUGAAGUCCAAAACACCUAUAGGGCCCAAGCUUGCCCAUGCCUGAUUUACACUGUCGGACGAAGGCAGUUUGGCACCACAUUCACUGCCGUCGCUCAAGGAUAUGUAAUCCUGGGAGUUGUAGUUCAGUUGUACCUUGCAAAACUAUAACCUUCAUGGUUCCACAGUACCAAGUCGUGGAAGUUGAAGUGGUGCCAAACUGCAUCAAUUCUACGGCGUAGAUGCAGACCUAGGGGGUGGCAGGUUUGGAAAGGCGAAGACAGGGCAAAAAUAUAGUUUUGGGAGAAAAAAUGUGGGCACUUGAAGCCCCCCAUUCAAAGUCUGACGCCUUCAUUUCCCAAACCUCAAAUUUGCAAGUUCCAGUUGAGUAUUUGGAGUGAUAGAGUUCCAGCAUCCAAAGCGGGCAACAGGCAGAAGUACAGAUACAAGGAAUGUUUGAGUGUUUGAGACAUGAAUGAAUUUCAGCUCCUCACUUUUCCACAGUCUUUGUAUUUGGAGAGUGAUCUGUCUGCACUGUUAAAUGAAUGUGGUUUGAUCCCACUUUAACUGCUAUGUUUUUGCCACCAAUUAGUGCUGGGAACUCACCAAACGACAACUUCCAGGAUUCCACGGCAUUGAGACUUGGUGUUUACAGUGGUGCCGAACUGCGUUCAUUCAAUAUCAUAUGAGGGUUGAAUGAAAAGUAAUGCCUCCACCUUCGUAACUCCUCAACAGAUGGCAGUCCUGGUCUGCGGCAGGUACUGGCUUGUUCAGCAGACUGUCCUCUACACUUCCAUUUGGUGGGAAGUCUUAGCAUUGAAUGGUUGUGUUGUUAAAGUGCGAAGUAUGGAACCCUGCGCAGACGGAGAAGCCUUAGCAUUGACCGGUUGUGUUGUUAAAGUGCAAAGUAUGAAACCCUGCGCACACAGUCACUCAAUGCGACUUGAGCAACAUGCAAUCACUGAAUUCUUGACAGCAGAAGGUGUCACCCCAAAGGAGAUUCAUCAGAGGAUGCAAGCUGUGUAUGGCGAUUGUGUUGAUGUGAGCACUGUGCGUUGUUGGGCGAGUAAGUUUAAAGAUGUCGAGGUGGAAACAUCUGACUUGCAUGACAAACAAAGAGUUGGAUGUCCUGUGACAGCAACCACCGAGUUUCACAAGCAAAAAGAAUUCAAUGACUGCACGUUGCUUACGUCGUAUUGACCGACUGUCUGCGCAGGGUUCCAUACUUCGCACUUUAACAACACAACCAUUCAAUGCUAAGGCUUCCCCAUCUGCACAGGGUUCCAUACUUCGUGCUUUAACAACACAACCGUUCAAUGCUAAGGCCUCCCCGUCUGUGCAGGGUUCCAUACUUCAUGCUUUAACAACACAAACGUUCAAUGCUAAGGCCUCCCCAUCUGCGCAGGGUUCCAUACUUCAUGCUUUAACAACACAACCGUUCAAUGCUAAGGCUUCCCUGUCUGUGCAGGGUUCCAUACUUUGCACGUUAACAACACAACCGUUCAAUGCUAAGGCUUCCUUGUCUGCGCUGGGUUCCAUACUUCGUGCUUUAACAACACAAACGUUCAAUACUAAGGCUUCCCCAUCUGCACAGGGUUCCAUACUUCAUGCUUUAACAACACAAACGUUCAAUGCUAAGGCCUCCCCAUCUGCGCAGGGUUCCAUACUUCAUGCUUUAACAACACAACCGUUCAAUGCUAAGGCUUCCCUGUCUGUGCAGGGUUCCAUACUUUGCACGUUAACAACACAACCGUUCAAUGCUAAGGCUUCCUUGUCUGCGCUGGGUUCCAUACUUCGUGCUUUAACAACACAACCGUUCAAUGCUAAGGCUUCCCCGUCUACGCAGGGUUCCAUACUUUGCACGUUAACAACACAACCGUUCAAUGCUAAGGCUUCCUUGUCUGCGCUGGGUUCCAUACUUCAUGCUUUAACAACACAACCGUUCAAUGAAAAGGCUUCCCAUUAAAUGGGACUGUAGAGGAGAGUCUACUGAACAAGCCAGGACCUGCCGCAGACCAGGACUGCUAUCUGUUACGGAGUUACGAAGGUGGAGGCAUUACUUUUCAUUCAACCCAUUGGUUCAUAUUCUGCCCUGGGACCCUCCAAAACUGGGGGAAAGAAUGGGAGAAAUAGGACAGAAUUCCCUAUGUGUUUUGUGUGUUUUUCCCAUCGCUGCUCCUGCAGGCAGGCUUUCAGGAGAGAUCAUUCCCCAAGGAAAAUGCAAACAGCUUUGAAGAGCCGCAUGUAGCCAUUUGCAGACCCUCUUUUUCACCUUGGAUUUAAGCAAAAGCUUUCUGACUUGCUUAGGCUGUUCUGUUUGUUUUCAAAAGCCGUGGCGUCUAUGCAAACCAGCGGGAGAUUCUCAACUCCAGGCCAAGCUGAUCCAGAAAGAAGGUUUGCUUCUCCAGAACCCUUGGCAACCUAUCUCCCCGUCUCUUUCUUUAGCUCCUUUGGACAAGGAAAAUGUAUUGAGAGAUUGCAUUAUUUUGCUGCUGUAAUUCUCAGGCUUUUUAAACAAUGAUACCCAAGUUGACAUUUCUGUUGACUCUUUUCUGGCAAUUCCCGGCUCCAGCUGCGACAUUUCAGUCCCAGCCCUUGGUGUGUUUCUAUUACAUCCAGAGACGUAUCAAAACUAUUCUCUACUUUUCUCUUCCUGUCCUUUCUCAUUAAAAAAAGGUGUUUUUUGAGCCACAGUUAAUCAAUGCAAUAGUGUAACUUUUGCACUAUAUGUAUAAAAAGAAUAAUUCAGAAAAGUGAAGGAAGUGCCCUUGGAAUUAUAGGAUUGUCUCAGCAAACCAUGAUUAUUUUAAUGCUGAUGAAAGAAAUUGCCAUAAAUAGCUUCCCAACUUGGAUGGGAAGCCAACCAUGAAAUCCCAGGCGCUAAAGGCUCUAUUGCAAGGAAGGAAGGAAAGGAAAAAAAUUAUUUCAAGAAUCUUCCUAAGAAAACACUAUUAAAUCCAUGGGGUCACCAUAAAUUGAUAGGCAACUUGUAGGAACACACACACAAUAUAGCACAGAGUCUCAAUGCUCUAAAGGCACCAGAUCCAGUUUGAUCUUGGAAGCUAAGCAGGGUCAGCCAUGGCUGGUGCUUGGAUGGGAGUCCACCAAUGAAUCCCAAGCACUUUGAGUGAUAUUUCAGAGGAAGAAAGUGGCAAAAAGCACUUCUGAAAUAUCAAUUAUCUUAAUAAAAAAACAAACAAACCAUGGGGUCACCAUAUAUCUGCAGCCAACUUGAAGGCAUGGAAACACAAUUGGACCUUAACUUCCAGACCAUAGAGAAAGUAUUUUGGGAGUGACCACCACAAAAGAAGGCCCUUCCCCAAACCCAGAAGGAUUGCCAAGAAAUACCAGGUUCUUUAGGCAUUAUUUACAGUAUUAUUAUUAUUUACAGUAUUUAUAUUCCACCCUUCUCACCCCGAAGGGGACUCAGGGCGGAUCACACUAUAUACACAUAGGGCAAACAUUCAACGCCCAUAUACACAUAGAACCAAGACAGAGACAGAGGCAAUUUAACCUUCUCCUGAGGGGAUGUUCGAUUCUGGCCACAGGGGGGAGCAGCUGCUUCAUCAUCCACUCUGACCGCACUUCCUCAUUCCAGGUCGUAAAUUAGUUAAAUUUGCCUCCCCACUUUUUAUAAGUGGUACCUUAUUUCCUACUUGAUAGGUGCAACUAUCUUUCAUGUUGCUGGGUCAGCAACGAGCAGGGGCUAUAUUUUAUUUUUAAUUGACGGGUGCUCACCCUGCCACGAGCUGGCCUCGAACUCAUGACCUCAUGUUCAGAGUGAUUUACUGCAGCAGGCUGCUCACCAGCCUGCGCUACAGCCCGGCCCCAAAUUCAGAGAACUGGCAAACCCACCAGAGAAAACCCUGUGAAAUUCAUGGAGUUGCCAUAAGUCAACAGGUGACAAGAUGGUAAAGAUACGAGGUCAGACCUUGGUCCCUUUUCCCCAAACGCUGCAGGAUAGAACUUCCAGAGCAGUUCGUUUUGGACUGUCAUCCCCAUAAAUGGCUGGAACGACAGUCAUGGAAUCAUAGGGUCGGAAGAGACCACAUGGACCAUCCAGUCCAACCACCUUCUGCCUUCGUGCAGGAAAAGCUCAAGCAAGGCACCCCAACAGAUGGUCACCUUCCUGGGUUUGUUUGCAGAACCUUCCAACGUUGUCAAAGGGAGGUGACACAACCUGGGUGAACCCACAGUCUGGAAGUGAGUCAGCUGCCUUUUGCAACACUGGAAGAUUCAGCAAACGACCAUGCAAGAAGGUUGUUGGGUUGUGUAAAUUGGCUCCCAGGCUCAACAAAGGAUUGGGGUGGUCAUCCAAAAAGGGGUCAUUUUCAUGGAUACACAAGGCAAGGACGUGGGAAGGCAAAGGAGGCCUUCAGGGCAGGUCCCUCCUCCCUCCUCCCUCCCUCCCCACCUGGCUCCUAACCUGGUUUUUCUCCCGAAUUCCUCCCUAAUUAGUUUAUUUAUUUAUUUAUUUACAGUAUUUAUAUUCCGCCCUUCUCACCCCAAAGGGGACUCAGGGCGGAUUACAAUGAACACAUAUAUGGCAAACAUUCAAUGCCAACAGACAAACAACAUUCAGUUUUUUUAGACAGACACAGAGGCAUUUAACAUCUUUCCAGCUUCUUUCCAGCUUCACGCUUCCGGCCACAGGGGGAGCUGUUGGCUGCUUUUUUCUCCUCAAUCCUUUGCUUUCUGGCUUUCUAGUUUGCCUACCUACCUGUUUUCUCUUCCUUCUCUUUCUGGUCAGCUGGCCUUCCUUCCUUCCUUCCUUCCUUCCUUCCUUCCUUCCUUCCUUCCUUCCUUCCUUCCUUCCUUCCUUCCUUCCUUCCUUCCUUCCUUCAUUGGCUGCCUGCCUCCCAUUCUGACUAACUGGCUUUUCUCCCUCCUGCACUCCUUAGCUUGGCCUUUCUUCUUGCUUUCCCUCCCUCCCCUCCCUCCCUCCCUUUCUCUCUUCUUUACUUCUUUACCAUCCACCCAUCUGUCUCCCUCCCUUUUUCUCCUUAGUCCUUUAUUUCCUUCCUUCCUAGCUACCUAUUUUCUCUCCCUAUUUCCUGCCUUCUUCUUCUGAUCAGGUGCCUUCCUUCAUCCCUUCCUUCCUUCCUUCCUUGGUUGCCUGCCUGUCUGUUUUGCCUGCCUCCUUCCUUUCCCUUCAGGCUAGCAGCUUUUAUUCUUCUAUUCUCCUUCUCCAUUUCUUCUUGGCCAGAUGGUUGGCUCCCUCCCUCCCUCCCUUCAAUUUUUUCUCCCUAUUUCCUUCCUUCUUUUUUCCGAUGUCUGUGUGCCUGCCUUCCCUCCCUCCUUCCUUCCUUCCUUCCUUCCUUCCUUCCUUCCUUCCUUCCUUCCUUCCUUCCUUCCUUCCUUCCUUCCUUCUUUUCUUCCUUCCAGAUUGGCUGUCUGCCUGCUUUGCACACCUCCUUCCUUUCCCUUCAGGCUAGCUUCUUCCAUUCUUCUUUUCUCCUUACUCCUUCCUGUCUUCUUGGCCAAAUGGCUGGCUGGCUGGCUUCCUACUUUCCUUCCUUCUCUCCUUCCUUCUUUCUUUCCUCCCUCCCUUCCUUCUUUCCUUCCUGCCUUCCUACCUUCCUUCUUUUUUUCCUUCUUGCCUCCCUUUUCCAUUCCUUCCUACUUUCCUCCCUCCCUCCCUCCCUCCCUCCCUCCCUCCCUUCCUUCCUUCCCUCCUUCCUUAUUUCCUUCUUAACUUCCUCCCCCCUCCCUUCCUAUUUUCCUUCCUUCCUUCUUUCCUUCGUAACUUCCUACCUCCCUCCCUUCUUUCUUUCCUUCCUGCCUUCCUACCUUCCUUCUUUUCUUCUUUUCUUCCUUCUUGCCUUCCUUUUCUGUUCCUUCCUUCCUUCCUUCCUUCCUUCUUAACUACCUACCUCCCUCCCUUCUUUCCUUCCUUCCUGCCUUCCUACCUUCCUACCUUCCUUCUUUUCUUCCUUUCCUCCUUCUUGCCUUCCUUUUCUGUUCCUUCCUACUUUCCUUCCUUCUUAACUUCCUACCUCCCUCCCUCCCUCCCUUCUUUCCUUCCUACCUUCCUACCUUCUGUCUUUUCUUCCUUCCUUCCUUCCUUCCUUCCUUCCUUCCUUCCUUCCUUCCUUCCUUCCUUCCUUCCUUAUUUCCUUCUUAACUUCCUCCCUCCCUCCUUCCCUUCCGCCCUUCCUUGGUUUCCUAGCUGUUUUCCUUUCCUCCCUUCUCAUUCUGGCUAGCUGUCCCACUCCUCUUUCCAGUCCAACUAGCUCUCCUCCAUCUCCCUCCCUCCCUCCCUCCCUCCCUCCUUCCUUCCUUCCUUCCUUCCUUCCUUCCUUCCUUCCUUCCUUCCUUCCUUCCUUCCUUCCUUCCUUCCUUCCUUCCUUCCCUCCUCCCUCCUUCCCUGGAUCCCUCUCCCUUGACUCCUCUCUCCUGACCUUCCUGACCCCUGUCUUGAGGCCUAUCUCAGGACCAGGCAUGUUGGGGGGGGGGGGGGCUUGAGGGGCUUCAGCCUUACGAGAAGGCCUUACAUUUAUUUAUUUACUUACAGCAUUUAUAUUCCGCCCUUCUUUCUCACCCCGAAGGGGACUCAGGGCGGAUCACAUUACACAUAUAGGCAAACAUUCAAUGCCUUUUAACAUAGAACAAGGACAAGACAAACAUAGGCUCCGAGCAGCCUCAAACUCAUGACCUCCUGGUCAGAGUGAUUCAUUGCAUUGAUUCAUUGCAUCUGCUCUCCAGCCUGCGCCACAGCCCGAGCCCAGUUUAUUAUUUAAACUGUGAUGUUUAUUCCUAUCAUGAUCUGAUCCCGAUGCUGAAUCUAUCCCGUAUGCCCGAUGGGGUUCUUGGGAUAACGAUGCAAAAGGUUUGCUAGGGGAGACCCUCUCUCGCUCAGACUCAGACAGAGAAGAGAGCUGAUGGAGGGAGAAAUCCCCAUUUGCUGAGCUGCCUGGCUCCAAACAGGCUUGCGCAUCAGUGAGCAAAUUAGGCUAAGACGGUCUUAGGCUAAAGCUUCCUCCCUUCCUGCUGCCCAUGUGACCCCGGCGGCAGCGGCGUGGCGGCGGUGGCAACCCGCGUGGCAUCACGUAGGCAGAGGAGGGAAGCCUUUGGGGGGCACGGCUUGGGCCUUGGAGGGGGUCAGGCCUGGCGAGCCCAGAGGUGGCCUUGGCAGGAGCUUCUUUGCAAGCCCACUUGAAAGGAAUGUGCACAAGGAGGCAUCUCUGCACAGCUCAGACAACGACGACACACUCUUUGAUCUGCCCAUUUUGACAAAGCUUUCAUGGCUGCUGGGAAGAGGAAAUUAGGCCAGGCAAGCAAGGAGCAUAUUGCUGUCCUCUGUGUGAGUCGGCUCCGGGCUGUCAAUCACCGCCUGGCCCAGUUAGUAAGCCAUCCUGGCUUGCAAAUGGAGGAAUGAUGUGCUCAGCGAUGUGCUUGCCUCCCAGUACAGAUGGAAGAAGGGAAUGGAUCUUUUCAGAUAGCCUUUAUCAGCUUUCAUGGCCGGAAUCAUUGGAUUGCUGUGCAUUUUCAGGGCUGUAUGGCCAUGUUCCAGAAGCAUUCUUUCCUGACAUUUCACCCACAUCUCUGGGAGGUUGAAGGGUUGAGGAUGCCUGCCAUAGAUGUGGGCAAAACGUCAGGAGAGAAUGCUUCUGGGACGUGCUUUCAUGGCCAGAAUCACUGGGUUUCUGUGAUUUUUUCCAGGCUGUAUGGCCAUGUUCCAGAAGCAUUCUCUCCUGACGUUUCGCCCACAUCUCUGGCAGGCAUUCUGGGAGGUUGAAGGGUUGAGGAUGCCUGCCAUAGAUGUGGGCGAAACGUCAGGAGAGAAUGCUUCUGGGACGUGCUUUCAUGGCCAGAAUCACUGGGUUUCUGUGCAUUUUAAGGGCUGUAUGGCCAUGUUCCAAAAUCAAUCUCUCCUGACCUUUCGCCAACAUCUCUGGCAGGCAUCCUGGGAGGUUGAAGUGUUUAGGAUGCCUGCCAUAGAUGUGGGUGAAACGUCAGGAGAGAAUGCUUCUGGAAUGUGCUUUCAUGGCCAGAAUCACUGGGUUUCUGUGAUUUUUUUCCAGGCUGUAUGGCCAUGUUCCAGAAGCAUUUUCUCCUGACAUUUCACCCACAUCUCUGGCAGGCAUCCUGGGAGGUUGAAGGGUUGAGGAUGCCUGCCAUAUUUAGGCUUUAUUUAUUUAGGCUUUUCCUUAAUCUCUCCUUAUUAUCAAAAAUUUUCACUUAUCCAACGCUUUUAUUUUUCAGUGAUUGGCUUGAGGGGGGGGGGGGGGAGGUGCUAAAAUUCUGUUCGCCUAUACUUGAAAAUUACCUUGGGCCGGCCCUGAUGAGACCAGAUUGGGACGGAGAGCUCAUCAACCAGAAGACAGGAUCUGCAUGACUUUCACAGGUCAGGGCAGGCAUGAGCCAACUUCAGCCUCCCAGGUGGUGGAGCUGGACUGGAUGGCCGUUAGGUUCCCUUCCAACUCUAUGAUUCUCGUAUUCUGUUCAUGAAUCACAACCCUUGCAAUCUCCAUCGCUUGCUACUCACAGCCUUAGGAGUUUGGAGAAAACAAAUGCAGCAAGGCAACACACCCAUCCGACAAUUGACCAUGCUUUCUCAUGCAAUGUCUCAUAAACUCCUGUGAGGCAAUAAGAUUUGGGACCAUUAUCUUGCACAUCAAUCCAGUGCAAGUAGAGGAAGGAAAAAGUGGGAUUUCCACAACUCAAUGCAAAUGUGGCACCCAUUCCGGUUGUGCAAGGAAUCCAGUCCAGGUUUUGGAGCUCCCCAAAGUGCUGCAAGUGCUUUCAAAGGGAAGGUUCAGCACCUGGGACAGCUCUGCAAAGCCCUCAUUAAAACCUGGACUGGAUUCACUACCCGGAGUUGUAUCCCAGAGCAGGAACACCUCUGUAUUCAACCACCACACCAGUCCAGUAAAUCAGCAAAUAGUUUAGUGAAGAAUAUACAAAAGGCAAAGCAAUAAAAAUGGUUUAGUCCAAAGAUAUGAAACAGUCCAUUAACUCCAAGGUACAAAGGUAGAAUUCAAAAACCAGGAAUGCAAAAUAUCCAGAUAAACAAGGCAGCAUAAAAUCCUAUACAUAGAACUCCAGAACAAUCCUUAAAACUUGGAAAACAAGAACUAGGUUAGCUGAAAAUAUAAAAUUAGAAUUGGCUAAGGCUUAAUGCAAGAUGUUUCCUAGACUACAACGUUGCCCAGACUGAUCUAAAAUCUUUUCCCUGUCUCAUAUAAAGCUUUUCCUGACUCAUAGACUGUCAUGAAAUCGUUUUGUUUACCUUUACAACUAGAUAAGGCUCUCUUAGCUAGCAAGCACCAUCAUCGUCAGCAGGCUUGAGAACUCUCCUGAAGGGUUGUUGUGUGUUUUCCGGGCUGUAUGGCCAUGUUCCAGAAGCAUUCUCUCCUGAUGUUUCACCCACAUCUAUGUCAGGCAUCCACAUCGAUGCUUGCCAUAGAUGUGGGCAAAACGUCAGGAGAGAAUACUUCUGGAACAUGGCCAUACAGCCCGGAAAACAUACAACAGCCCUGUGAUCCUGGCCAUGAAAGCCUUCAACAACACUCUCCUGAAGGUUAUGGAAGCUCUGCCUCCUAUCUCCUGGCUCAUUACCCUCGUCACCUGGCAAUUCAUCUUCAGAACUCCCCUAGAGAAAGGCUGCUUUUGUGUCCCCUUUAGGAAUGUGGCCUUCAGAAACUACAGGAGAAACAAAACACUGAUUUUCAGGACUUAAAAUCUCAUGCUGGAGCACAGGCUCAGCAAUGCCAUCAUCCACAGUGACAUCAGAAACAAUCAUUGGCUGAAUUACAACACCGGGAUUGCAUGGACCUUGUAUCAUUAUUAAUGCGGUUUGAUGAUGCCACUUCAUGCUGUGGAAUCGUGGGAGUUGUAGUUUAGUGAGGUGACAAUCCUCUUUGGUAGAGAAGGCAAUAGACCUUGUAGAACUACAACUCCCAGGAUUCCAUAGCAUUGACACGUGGUGUGAAACUGCAUUAAUUCUACAGUAUGUUGGAGCUUUAGCUCUGCAACUGUUCUUUCCUCUCACUUUUAUUUCUUCUGCAACCUGUUUGUUCAGAGGAUCUAUUUUUGCUGGAUUCCCAAAGUGCAACGGGACACUAAAGCGGUUUCGCCAAGGCCGAGCGGAGAUCUUUUUUAAAAACUCACCUGUUUCUAAUACUUGACAAGCUGUACAUAAUGUUAGAUAUAUGGGGUUUUAAAGAAAAAGCUAUUUAUUCUCGACGAUGCUCUCUCUCUACACACUGCGUAAAUAAAGCACCGGAGGGGAAUUUGCUUCCAGUUUUUUCCACCCGUAGCAAAAUAAUAAAAAGCAACAGGGGCGUGCCGUACGCUCUUAGGCAAACCUCCUGUCUUUCUCAUGCCAAAGCAUCUUUGUACUGCUCUUUUGACUUUCAUUUUAGAAACAAAAUAAAGUCUGGAUUCAA